UUGACACUUGAUGGUCGACUUUUCGUUCCAAUCGCCUCACAUUCUUGCACCCAGUUUAAUUUAUUUUAUCGCGUUAAUCUGACUGAGGGAGUGCUAUGAGUGUUUGGUGCUCGUGAUCGUGGAAAUAUUUCGCGUGUGUCCAUUCAAAAUAAAUGGUGAUUUAGACUUAAAUCGUACGGCAUAAACAAUGGCGCCGAAUUUUAGUAAAAUUACUUCACGGACUGAUGUGAAAAUUGCAUUAGCAGCUUCUGCAGCACUUAGUGCCUGGGUAAUCAGGAAUUCACUAAAGUCAAGCAAACACAAAAAUGCCAAGCCCGGCCGACUAUCACCUGAAGAACAGAUACAAUACAUGAUAAAGGAGCGAGAUAAAAAAGGUCCAAAAGCCCAGGUUGACGCUCGGUUCAUCGCUGAACUGAAAACACUAUGGAAGAUCAUGAUGCCUUCAAUGUGGUCCAAGGAGAGCGGCUUUAUGGUCCUGAUUGCAAUCUCCUUGAUCUCACGCUCUAUGUGUGAUCUAUGGCUUAUUCAACAUAGUACAUUAAUUGAAGGAUCUAUAAUAACAAUGGACCACAAGGAGUUCAGAAGGUUAUUAACACAAUUCUUCAUUUCCAUGCCAGUCAUAUCGUUAGUAAAUAAUGUACUAAAAUGGAGUAUAGGAGAACUGAAGUUACGACUUAGGACCAAUUUGACGAUGCAUUUGUAUCAACAGUACCUGAAGGGCUUCACUUACUAUCAAGUAUCAAACCUUGACAAUCGGAUAUCAAACGCUGACCAGUUGCUGACCACAGAUAUAGAGAAGUUCUGCGAUACUGUUGUAGACUUGUACAGUAAUAUUAGCAAGCCUAUGCUAGAUAUCAGCAUAUAUCUGUACAGACUCACUGUUAAUUUGGGAGCUUCGACUCCUGGUAUAAUGAUGGCAUAUUUACUCUUAUCUGGAGUAUUCCUAACAUACCUCAGAAGACCAACAGCUAAGAUGACGGUCCAAGAACAGAAACUGGAGGGAGAGUUCAGAUACGUGAACUCCAGGCUGAUCACAUACUCGGAAGAAAUUGCUUUCUAUCAGGGCAACCACCGAGAGCAACUAACGCUGCUGGCCAGCUUCUACAAGCUGACGAGACAUCUGCGCAACUUCCUCAACUUUAGAGUCGGCAUGGGCUUCAUAGAUAAUAUUAUUGCUAAAUACAUAGCCAUCACAGUCGGUUUCUACGCGGUGUCCAGGCCAUUCUUCGCUAUGGACCACAAUCUACUCACUACUGGAACUGAAAAUGACAGGUUCAAGCACUACUACACAUACGGUCGUAUGUUAGUGAAAAUGGCGGAAGGCAUCGGGCGGCUGGUGCUGUCAGGCCGCGAGCUCAGCAAGCUGGCGGGGCUGACGUCCCGCGUCACGCAGCUGCGGACCGUGCUCGACGACGUCAACAGGGGCAACUACACCAGGACCAUGGUCGAUAGGAACGUGCAGAAUGGCAGCGCGGAGUUACCAGCUCUGCUAGCGCCGGGCGCGGGCCGCAUCAUCUACCAGGACAAGAUCAUUCGCUUCGACAAGGUGCCGCUCGUCACGCCUAACGGAGACGUGCUCAUUAAGGAACUUACUUUUGAAGUGCGGUCCGGUAUAAACGUGCUAGUCUGCGGUCCGAACGGUUGCGGCAAGUCAUCUAUGUUCCGGCAGCUGGGCGAGCUGUGGCCCAUAUUCGGCGGGACGCUCACUAAGCCGCCUAAGGGGAAACUCUUCUAUGUACCACAGAGGCCGUAUAUGACGCUCGGUACUUUGAGGGAUCAGAUAAUCUACCCGCAAACCCGCGACGAGAUGUUCCGCCGCGGCCGCGCGGACGAGCAACUGCAUCGUUUCCUCGACAUAGUGCAGCUAUCCUACCUCACCAACCGCGAGGGAGGACUCGAUGCUGUGGAGGACUGGAUGGAUGUACUGUCCGGCGGAGAGAAGCAGAGGAUAGCUAUGGCACGUCUGUUCUACCACGAGCCGCAGUUCGCCAUCUUAGACGAGUGCACCAGCGCCGUCUCCGUCGACGUCGAGGGACAGAUGUACCAGUACUGCAGAGAGGUUGGCAUCUCCCUAUUCACGGUAUCACACCGCAAGUCCCUAUGGAAGCACCACGACCACUACUUACAAAUGGACGGCCGAGGAGGUUACGUCUUCGAAGAGAUUGACAACGAAACGCAAGAGUUCGGCUCGUGAUCCUCCCCCUUGCUAGACACCUUCAUACGGAUCGCUGUUGACGCGUUCCUUGAUCUAAUGCAUUUGGAGCGUUGGGAUCGUGUCGCCAAUUUUACUAUCGUGUAAUUUUUAAGAUAAUUGUCUAUUGAUAAGGCUAAAAUGAAAAUAAAGUUAAGUUUAAGCAAGAAAAAUUGAUAUGGCAUCACUUUUGGAUGUCAGUGUCUUUUGCAAUCUGUGGCAAGUAUAACCGGCCAGUUAUGAACGGUAAUAGUAUCUGUGUAAAAUAGGUUUCAAUUCAAAAGAGUUUUCGUGCAAUACCUGCAUAUUUAGUUGUUCCUUUUUGGAAUUAAAAGACAACGCUUCCUGUGCAUUAGUCGUGUAAAAUAAAAAAGAAAUUGAAGAAUUCAACUCUUGUUGAUCUAGACUAUUUUGUAAACAGUUGUAAAAAUAUCUAACAUUAAUGUGAAAAACUUGUACUCAUAUGACAACUUAUAUUCUACGAUUUUUACCUUACUAUCUUAUCAAACCUUCUUUGAAAUUGAAUUUAUAUACAAUGGGCUCAACUAAAAAACUAAAUAAAAGAAAUCACAUCACUUACAUAAGAAGUAAAUCUAGUUACAUUAUAAUUUAGAGGCCGAAUUUGCUUAGUGAACCUAUAAAACCAAUAUACAGUAAAAUAAGCAAGCCCCAUCUAGGACGAUUUCAUUAUAAUUCCGUAGCUCAAUAUCAUUCUCUUCUAAAACGAUAUUUUUAAACUAGUAAAAUCGAUGCACUUUAAGUAGUAAAGUUUUUAACAUUUAUAUGUAUAUUCAAGGGGAUCAGCUAUUCAAAAUGUACAUGUUAUUUAAUUUAACCUUUUAACAAAUUCAAUAGAAAUAUGAAAUAUAAUUAUUUAUAAUUGAUGUAUUUUAAAUGUGCUAAAUCAUAAUAUACUCGUCAAUGUACAAUUCUCAAAUACUUAUUGUAUGUUCAAAAAUGUAAUCCUUUUGUAGUGUAUAACAAUACUAAUAGAUGAUAGAAUGAAUUACCAUAAUUAUAGCCUCAGACUAUUCUUAUCAGAACAUUUUAACUAAUUAACAUAAUUACCAGAAAUAUCUUUUUACUCCGUAAAGUGUCUAAAUAUUAGUAAUAAGGUUCUAUUCUAUCAGAUCCGAGGCAUACAAUUCUCUUAGCCUUUACUUCGUUUUAAUAAUACAAGUACGCAGGUACGCAAAUUUAUAUAAACUUGUGUAAUUUUCGUGUUUAGAGUAGCUAUAUACGAGUUACCACUGAGGAAAGUUAUGCAAUGUAAGAAAUAUAAUUAUUAUUCUGUAUAUAGAGACAGUUAUUUAUUAAUGUUAUGUGAUAGUCAACAAAUGCAAUGACAUAAAACUUUUAUUUAAUAGAAGAUGAUGUAAUUAUCUUUCGAUCAAUCAAUUUUCUAAGAUGUGAAAAAUAAAGUAGAAAACUAUCAGGAUUUCUAUUAUGCUCAGCAAUUAGUAUUUAUCUUGAGGCUAAACUCCCUGUCAUAGAAAAGUUCGUCGACGUACGUCUAUUACUUUACGCGUCUAUGAACACGCCAUGACAAAUAAGGCGGUUCACACACGAGAGACCACGCGUCCAUGAAACAAACGCGCAACCGCCUCACUGGUCACAUUUACUCAAAACAAACUGACAAUGAAAUGGCCUUGAUACCAACAAUACUUAUUUGUCUUCUAUCAACACGUAAUAAACGAAUUCUGCAUAAAAUUAACAAGGCCAUCGUAUCGCGCCUUCGUUUUACUUGAGGCCGUGGCCCAUUAUUUGUAUAAUUUACUGUGAAAAUGUUGUUCGAUGUGACAUUGCUGUGAUAGAUGUUAAGUUUUGUUGUUCUUAACGUGUCGGUGGGUGCUGGGUCAAUAAAGAGGGUUCAGGAAUAUUA